AUGGGCACCAGUUGGUCAUCAGACCGCCCUGAGGAGUCCUCAUCCUCAGCCGCUGAUCUAGAACAGAACCUCGAUCCACCCAGCCAGUCCAAAUACCCUCGCUGUUACGGGGAUGUGGUCCCUUCGGUCUGUAGCGACCGCCCAGAGGGCUUUUACGACGAGCUGUAUGAACAAAUGUACUUUGUGCAGCAUGCCAAUCAAGACUGCAUCGUGGCCUUUCAACAAUGCGAGAAAGAAAACCCCCGUGUUGACCCCGACGAGUGGUUUAUCAUUGCUAAGCGAAUCCCCCGGGUAUAUGAAUAUCUGGCACAUAGCACCAAUACCCCGAAUGUGGAUAGAGACCAACCGAUUGACCUUCAUCCCUAUAUCGUCAACUCAUGCACGAUAUGGAUUCGCGAUGAUGUCUCGAUUGCACUAUCCGGAUUUUUGAACGCAACCAUCCUGACAGAUGAAUGUCCCUACUCUCCCGACGGGACGAGACACGAAACAGAGAUCUACUACCCAACCAAUCCAGACACGAAGAGGUGGGCGAUGCCUACCGAUCAAUUGGAUCCGAUGGAGAUGCCCGCGGAGGUCAAUACAUGGGAGUACAAUAAGCAACGACUGAAGGAGGGCAAGCUACAGCGUUUAGAAGAGGAACGAUUGGGUCCGAUGCUAGUUAAGGCCUGGAACGGGGAAUAUGAAAAUGCUCGGGAGAUCCUGCAAGAGGUACGAUCGUAUGUCCAGCAGAUUGGGGUUAGCAUGGACGGAGAGGGUGAGGUCCUUCUGGAUGAUGGGCGAAAGUGGGAGGGUGUGUUCACGGUGGUCCAGACAGAUGGCGCCCGCUGGGGUCGGGAGAUUAGAUAUAAAUGA